GAGGAGGAGGAGGGGAUCUUUUGUUGCGUCGAGAGAGAGAGAGAGAGAGGGAGAGGGAGCGCCGACCUUGGGGCUUGGGGCUCGUAAUCGAAAUCUACUAUUUGUUUCAUUGCGGGGCUGGGGCUGGGCUGGGGCUGCUUGGGAAUUUGCAUAUUCCUGUUUUCCUUUUUGGUCGUGAUUUGCUCUUUUUCCUUCUUGUUUCCUUUGAGAUCGAUCAGAUACUCCGUCAUUCACUUCUCACCAAUCCAUAUAUUUUGAUUUUUGUAAAUUUCGAGACUCAUAAAAUACUCAUCUCCGAUCUCUUUCGGUGUCCAAUUGCCGUAAUAAAUAAAUAAAUAUCCAAAGGGGGAUUGAUUGAUCAUAGGUUAUUUUUUGGGUGGAUUUGUCUGGUUGUAAAUGUAAAGAGGAAGAGUAUUAUUAUCGAUGGUUGUGUUAAAGUUGAUGUUAAGAAGACUCGGUAGGCAUUGGCAAGGUAUUGGUAGUGGUACUAACCCUCCCAGUAGUGGCUGUAUGUUGUUUGGUCCUCAACAUAUAAUGGGUUCUAGUCGUUGUAUAACUCGUAAUGAUCCCGUUGGCUUGUUCUUGAGUAAGGGAUUGCAAUUGCACUCCCUGUCUCCUCACUCUUGUACCACUUUUGUUAAUGGACGUGGACGAGGAGGGAUUGCAAUUGGCAUUGGCCUCAACGGCCUCACUCUCAAAUGUUGCUUGAGGGACGAUGAUAUUGAGGCCAUUGCUUUUCACAAGGGAAAGGGAAAGGGAAACCCACCUCGUGCAUUCGCUACGCCCCACCCCCACUUGCUCCGUCUCCGUGAUUUCGACAUUGGUCUCCAGGACACCACUGCUAGUGCUGAAAACGCCACUGCCACUGCAAACCAAACUCAACAAGGGGCAUCCCACCAUGGAAGCCCUCUUGGAUUCCCUGACCGUCCUUUGCCCGAUAAGAUUGUUGUCGCCGUUGAUGUCGAUGAGGUUUUGGGUAGCUUUGUGUCCGCUCUGAACAGAUUUAUUGCGGAUCGUUACUUUUCAAAUCAUUCACUUUCGGAGUAUCAUGUCUAUGAGUUCUUCAAGAUAUGGAACUGUUCCCGUGAUGAAGCUAAUAUCCGUGUCCAUGAGUUCUUUAAAACAUCAUACUUCAAGACUGGGAUCCACCCUAUCCCAGGUGCUCGGAGGGCGCUUAAUAAGUUAUCGAGAUUUUGCAACCUCUCAGUUGUGACGUCACGACAGAACGCAAUCAAGGACCACACAAUUGAUUGGAUUGAGAAGCAUUAUCCGGGACUGUUUCAGGAGAUUCACUUUGGCAACCACUUUGCUUUGGAUGGAGCUUCUAGGCCUAAGUCAGAACUUUGCAGCAGGUCCUUAGGAGCUAAGGUUUUGAUUGAUGACAAUCCAAGAUAUGCUAUUGAGUGUGCUGAAGUUGGAAUCAGGGUUCUACUUUUUGAUUAUGAGAACUCGUAUCCUUGGUGCAAGACGGAGUCUGUCAAUCAACAUCCUCUUGUGACGAAGGUCCAUAAUUGGAAAGAAGUGGAGCAACAACUAAUCUCUUUGAUUGUCUCUUAGUUACAUAAUCCUGUCACAAAAAUUUACUAGACAUCAUCACUUCAUCAAGACAUAUUACUGAUUCUUAUGCCUAGAACAUCUGAUGGAUGCUAAAAUAAGUUUGACACAACCUGGUCCUUGGUGGAGCGACUGAAAGGAGACCAGCCAGACGGGUUUGUGGGGUCUGAGCUAGUAAGAAAUUUGUGAAGGUGAAGUGGCACUAUUUUUUUGGCUAGAAAAAGGUGGAAGUGACACAAUGUUAUCCUUUCCCCCGUCUUGAGCCAUGCAGACAAAAAUAUUUUUCAUGUAAAAUUUUGGGUUAAGAUAGUUAGAUAUGAUGAGAACAUUGAUGUAAUUGUGCAGUUAAAAUUCUCUAGCCCUACAAUAUUGGUGUCUAGCCCUACAA